AUAGCGCUGGCUGCCAGAGUGAGAGUGAGGGGGAGAGCGAGGGAGCAAGGGAGGGAGCGAGAGGCAGGCGGCGAGGAGAGAGCAGAGCAGAGCAGAGCAGAGGGGGAGCGGCGCUCAGCUCGCAGGAGGACAGGCUUCUCUUUUCCGUGCUCAGUUAAUCUGGCUGUCAGUUGGUGUUAACGCUGCAGUUUAAGCGCUCGGAUUCCAAGGGAAACAGACAAACCUCGCAGAAGGCAGGCAGGAAGCAAGCGAGGACGGAAGGAACGGCAGGAGGAAAAGAAUCGGCAGAAGAGAGAGAGGAAUAAAGGGAAGGGGGGAACACCAAAUCUAUGAUUGGACCUGGGCUUCUUUUUCGCCAAUGCAAAAAGGAAUAUGCAGCACAUUUUUGCCUUCUUCUGCACCGGUUUCCUAGGCGCGGUAGUAGGUGCCAAUUUCCCCAACAAUAUCCAGAUCGGGGGAUUAUUUCCAAACCAGCAGUCACAGGAACAUGCUGCUUUUAGAUUUGCUUUGUCACAACUCACAGAGCCCCCAAAGUUGCUCCCCCAGAUUGAUAUUGUGAACAUCAGCGACAGCUUUGAGAUGACCUACAGAUUCUGUUCCCAGUUCUCUAAAGGAGUCUAUGCCAUCUUUGGGUUUUAUGAACGAAGGACUGUCAACAUGCUGACCUCCUUCUGCGGGGCCCUCCACGUCUGCUUCAUUACACCAAGCUUUCCCGUUGACACAUCCAACCAGUUUGUCCUCCAGCUGCGCCCCGAGCUGCAGGAUGCCCUCAUCAGUAUCAUCGACCAUUACAAGUGGCAAAAAUUUGUCUACAUUUAUGAUGCUGACCGGGGUCUGUCUGUCCUGCAGAAAGUCCUGGACACAGCUGCUGAGAAGAACUGGCAGGUGACAGCUGUCAACAUUUUGACAACCACAGAGGAGGGUUACCGGAUGCUCUUCCAGGACCUGGAGAAGAAAAAGGAGCGGCUGGUGGUGGUGGACUGUGAAUCGGAACGCCUCAAUGCUAUCCUGGGCCAGAUUGUAAAGCUGGAGAAGAAUGGCAUUGGCUACCACUAUAUUCUUGCAAAUUUGGGUUUCAUGGACAUUGACUUAAACAAAUUCAAGGAGAGUGGAGCAAAUGUAACAGGUUUCCAGUUGGUGAACUACACUGAUACUAUCCCGGCCAAGAUCAUGCAACAGUGGAAAAACAGUGAUGCUCGGGACCACACCCGGGUGGACUGGAAGAGACCUAAGUACACCUCUGCGCUGACCUACGAUGGGGUGAAGGUGAUGGCUGAGGCUUUCCAGAGCCUGCGGAGGCAGAGAAUCGAUAUCUCCCGCCGGGGGAAUGCUGGGGACUGCCUGGCUAACCCAGCUGUGCCCUGGGGCCAGGGCAUCGACAUCCAGAGAGCUCUGCAGCAGGUGCGGUUUGAAGGCUUGACAGGAAAUGUGCAAUUUAAUGAGAAAGGACGGCGGACCAACUACACCCUCCACGUGAUCGAAAUGAAGCAUGAUGGCAUCCGAAAGAUUGGCUACUGGAAUGAAGAUGACAAAUUCGUCCCUGCAGCCACAGAUGCUCAAGCCGGGGGGGAUAACUCAAGUGUCCAGAAUAGAACAUACAUCGUCACCACAAUCCUAGAAGAUCCUUAUGUGAUGCUCAAGAAGAAUGCCAACCAGUUUGAAGGCAAUGACCGCUACGAGGGCUACUGUGUGGAGCUGGCGGCAGAGAUUGCCAAGCAUGUGGGAUAUUCCUACCGUCUUGAGAUCGUCAGCGAUGGAAAAUAUGGAGCCCGUGACCCUGACACAAAGGCUUGGAAUGGCAUGGUGGGAGAGCUGGUCUAUGGAAGAGCAGAUGUGGCCGUUGCCCCUUUAACUAUCACCUUGGUCCGGGAAGAGGUGAUCGAUUUCUCCAAGCCGUUUAUGAGUCUGGGGAUCUCCAUCAUGAUAAAAAAGCCGCAGAAGUCCAAGCCGGGGGUCUUUUCCUUCCUGGACCCUUUGGCUUACGAGAUCUGGAUGUGCAUUGUGUUCGCCUACAUCGGAGUGAGCGUCGUCCUUUUCCUGGUCAGCCGUUUCAGCCCCUAUGAAUGGCACAGCGAAGAGUUUGAGGAAGGGCGGGACCAGACCACCAGCGACCAGUCCAAUGAGUUUGGGAUAUUCAACAGCUUGUGGUUCUCCCUGGGAGCCUUCAUGCAGCAAGGAUGCGACAUCUCUCCCAGGUCCUUGUCUGGCCGCAUCGUGGGCGGCGUCUGGUGGUUCUUCACCUUGAUCAUCAUCUCCUCCUACACAGCCAACCUGGCCGCCUUCCUGACGGUGGAGAGGAUGGUGUCUCCCAUCGAGAGUGCCGAGGACCUAGCAAAGCAGACGGAAAUCGCUUACGGGACCCUGGAAGCGGGAUCUACGAAGGAGUUCUUCAGGAGGUCUAAAAUUGCCGUGUUUGAGAAGAUGUGGACGUACAUGAAGUCAGCAGAGCCAUCCGUGUUUGUGCGGACCACAGAGGAGGGGAUGAUCCGAGUAAGGAAAUCCAAAGGCAAAUACGCCUACCUUCUAGAGUCCACCAUGAAUGAGUACAUUGAGCAGCGGAAACCCUGCGACACCAUGAAGGUGGGAGGUAACUUGGAUUCGAAAGGCUAUGGCAUUGCGACGCCCAAGGGGUCCGCCCUGAGAGGUCCCGUAAACCUAGCGGUUUUGAAACUCAGUGAGCAAGGCGUCUUAGACAAGCUGAAAAGCAAAUGGUGGUACGAUAAAGGGGAAUGUGGAAGCAAGGACUCCGGAAGUAAGGACAAGACGAGUGCUCUCAGCCUCAGCAAUGUGGCGGGCGUGUUCUACAUCCUGAUCGGAGGACUUGGACUCGCCAUGCUGGUUGCCUUAAUUGAGUUCUGCUACAAAUCGCGUAGCGAAUCCAAGCGGAUGAAGGGUUUCUGUUUGAUCCCACAGCAAUCCAUCAACGAAGCCAUACGGACAUCGACGCUCCCCCGAAACAGUGGGGCAGGAGCCAGCGGUGCCGGGAGUGGAGAGAACGGCCGGGUGGUCAGCCAUGACUUCCCCAAGUCCAUGCAAUCGAUCCCCUGCAUGAGCCACAGUUCAGGAAUGCCCUUGGGAGCCACUGGAUUGUAACUGGAGCAGAUGGAGACCCCCUCGGGGAGUAUGCCCAGGCUCCCCCAGUUCCAUCCCACACCCUUCAGUGCCAAAAACAACAAAAUGAAACAAAACCGCCACCAACCACCAGGACCACGAGGAGGAGGAUUCAACAGAUUUUCCUGAAGAAUCAAGAAACCAUUUUGCGGCCUCUUCUCCUUUUUCGAUGUUCUUUUGCCCUUUUCCAUUGGCUAAGUGAGGAUGACAAAUAACACUGUAUGGCAAUAAGGGGAGAAAAACCCUGUCACAUAGAGCCUGUGUCACUGGAGCACUAAUGAGGAAAAUGUACUGCUUUCUUUUAAUUCAGUUGUUCAUGUGUCUUAGUGUGUGCACUAUUUUUUUUCUUACUAAUAUCCAUGGUUUGCAGGUUCUGUUAGAUCCCUUCCUUUUCCUUCUUACUCCCAACUCCCUACCCAUCCCACUUUAGUUUUCAGAUUGGAGAUUCAAGAUUCGUUCCACCUGACAAGCAAGCAAAAGGAAAACAGCAAUCUUCAAAAGAAUCCAUCAUGGGAGCUCUCCAAAUCCCCUCCACACCUCGGCCCCAAGCCAUGGAUGGAGACCGACAUUGCCGGAGGAGUGGGCUGCCUUUCCACACAAGGCACUGCCCAGGCACUGACUUAGUUAAAAACACGUGUGAAGCAACUCAGACCCUGGGUGGCAAAGAAGCUGUAAAGGCAGACAUACAGCCGGAAGAAGACUCAUGAAGUUAUUGCUGGAGACUCAGAUAAAGCUUCCUUGAAUGUGUAACAGCCAUCUCACAGGCCUUAGGUGGAACAGUAUGCUUUGUCAUAGAGUCACGCUCAGCCCGGAGGAGUAUGUCCUUCUGCUAUGCUCAAGCCCAAUGGCAUUCUGGUGGCUGAAGGGCAACUGGCCUCCUAAACCAAGUUGAGCCUUGGGAAUAGCUGGCAUCCAGGAAACUCUCAUCCCUGAUUCUCACUUUUCAUUUGAUAGUCCUCUGCAGCAACCCCAUUGUAGAGUAGACUCUUUCUCCUUGGAGCCUCUGAUGUGGGGGAAAUAAAAAGAAGAAAAAAAAAUAUGAUGGAAGAACUUUGGAAGAGGAAGCUUCAUCCAAGCCCACAAGCAAUAGAACUUUCUAUAGUGUGCCCUGUCCUAAGACUGAGAGACCAAGUGUGAAGUUUAGGGUUUUAGUGACCUGGAGAACUUGAGUUUUUAUGUCCAUGUAUGAGUGUUAUUGUAUCAGGUGGUCAGAUGAACUGUCAUCUUUCGAAAGUGAAAUGCCCAAGGCUGAAUGAUUUGAAGGAUAGGGAGAUGGAGUAGGUUGAUAACAACACUGGGAGAUCUUAAGAUCCCUGAUCCCAACUUGUAACUUGAAGAGGCCAACCUUCCCCCAGCUAAGACAGAAUGAGAACGUUGUAAUCCAAUGACUAGAAUCAUUGGAUUGUGCCCACAAUGUGAAACUAAAACAAGAUUGGAGAAGUGACAGGGUUCAUGGAGAGAAACCUAGGCUGACUACAACUUUGGUUGGGGUCUUGGCACAUGGCUUUCUUGGAGAUCCCAACUCUCAUUCUCGGUGCAGUCAGCUUCCUUCUCUCCAGCACCUCUCUCCUAGGUGCAUGAUUCAUCACCUAGAGUGUGCCAUGUGUCAUCAGCAUUUACUGAAAACCAUAUUCUGGCUUGUUCCCUCACCCCCUAACUUCUAUCCAAUCUUCUCUGCUAGGGAUUAUCAUUAGCAAUGGACAAACUAAAGGUUUUGGAGCCUACCUCCAAGUAGAUGCUGCAUGACUGGCUUCAUAUGUGGAUUCUCUCCAUGGACCCCCACCAUCUGUAUGUCUCUUCCAUCCUCCUCUCAUCAGCCAUAGCAAAGAACCAUCCCCAAAUCAAACGCUUUGCCCUCUCAACUCAAGUGUCAUUCAGUCUCUCAUAUGUCAAUGUGGGCAUGGUAUGUGAAGCAGGAUCUCGAUAAGGAUUGUCACCUUUUGAUACUGCCCAGCUGCUGUCCUCCUCAUCCAUUGCCCUCCCACCAGAUUUUCCCUAACCCUUAGCCUACCACUGCAGAAUCUGAUAUGACCCACCCUUAUGGAGUCUGCAUUUCAGAGUUCAAAAUAACCCUCUACAAUCAACAUGCUUCAAAAAUAUUUUGUCUUUGGCCUGGUAAGAUGCCUCUUCAGCCACUGAGUUCACCAGUAACAUGAGCUGAUAGUAACAGAUCAGCUAUGCUAGAAAUGAGUGUGUAUGCUAUGCAGGGGUCCAAGACUCCAGCAGAAGAUGUUUUUCAUUGACAGAGGGGUGACGGGGAAAACAAAAGUAAGAAAAAAGUUAACUUGUAUUAUGUAUUUUUACUACACUUUUCUUAAAAAUAGAGCAAUGGGAAAACUGAAGGAGACUGACAUUUUUCUCAACAGGAAUCCAUACUUAACAGUUCUGGCUUUCAUUAAAUUUUGCUCUUUGGUACCUGGGCCUUUUAUUUAACAUCUCUAUUUGUUUUAACUCUCUUGGCAGAUGUGUGAAGGAUUUUUGCUUGAUCAAACACUAAAUAUUUUUCUUGGUUCCUGUUUUUCUUUCAAAUAGACAGGUUUUUUUUCUUUUGGUAUUUGCAUAAAAUGAAAAUAUCACCAAGAAUUAAAUCACUGUGGAUCCAUUA